AACCCGGGACCGGUCCUGUUAAGGCGUUUUGUUAGAACAAGCAAGAACGACCCGUUUGUCGACCAAGUAGAGCUAACGGAUGCAAACCCCACUUACGCCCAUGUGAAGUACCCCGAUGGAAGAGAGUCCUCAGUCUCCCUUCGAGAUCUAGCUCCUUGCCCCAUUACUCCUGUCCGGAAUGAACCACAAGGAACCCUGCCAAGCGGAGAAGUGGAAAACGGACUAGCUCCGAAUGUUCCAGAUCCCGUGGCCGCUGAUUCACAACAGGAUUCAACUACAUCGCCAACGGCUUCUGAUCCACAGCAGUAUUCAACAACGCAAGUACCUGCACUCAGACGUUCAACUCGUCAAGUUAAACCACCAUCUCGUUAUGGUUG